AUGGCAUAUCGGCGUCUACCCCGAGAUGCCACGGAGGGACACACAGCUGAGGAGGAAGAGGAGCAUCCAGAUGCUGGUGAGCAGACAGAAGGUGCCAAGGGUGGAGCAACGGCAGUUCCACAGACGCUGGACAUGGGCGUGCUCUUCAAUCUCCUUCAGCAGUCCAUUCAAGACCAGCAGCAGGAGGCCCUCAAGCAAGAAAGGCGAUGGCGCAGUGUGCAGAUCCAGCUGAACAAUGUCCACGAUGAGCUGGAGAGGGAACGGCGGAGUCCAGCAGAGUGGCGAAGGCAACCAGGUGAUGACGGCGCCAGAGAUCCACUGCAGGAUGGACCAUCGCGCAACUUGGUAGUGCCACCCCCAGGCUUCCAAGCAGCAGCAGCAGCAGCAGCCGCAGCAGCAGAACCAGCGCCAGCACCUGAAGGGCCAGUUCCAGUGCCAGUACCAGCACCAGCAGCCCCAGUGUCUCCUGUAGCAGCUCCUAGAUGGCCUCCAGCACGGCAAGCAGUGCCACCCCCGGCCGUGAUGACUCCAGUUUCUUGGACAAGGGCCACAGUGCCGAAGCUCGAAGAGGGGGAUGACGUCGAACAAUACCUGAUGACAUUUGAGAGACUCGCCACGGCCUACAGAUGGCCAAGAGCUGAUUGGGCCGUUUACCUGGUGCCGUAUCUUACAGGUAGAGCCCGAGCAGCGUACGUGGCAAUGGACAUGCAAAACGCCAUGGGGUAUGACCAAGUGAAGACGGCUAUCCUGGCGAAAUAUGAAAUUAAUGGAGAGACUUACCGACAAAGGUUCCGGGAUCCAGACUGGAGAGCAGGAGAGACCCCACGGGAGCUGUAUGACCGCCUGAGGGACCUUUACAGGAAGUGGGUGAGACCAGCAGAGAAGACGGUGGAGCAGAUAGGAGAGCUCUUCAUUCUGGAGCAGUAUCUGCGCACCCUAGCCCCUGACAUCCGGGUCUGGGUCAAAGAGCACAACCCAGCCACAGGCCAGAAGGCGGCAGAACUGGUGGAGGCGUUCCUGGCAGCUCGACCUGGACCAAAGACGUUCCGCAACCAGAACUUCAACCGGCCAGCCGCGGGCGGUAAGUCUGGUGUUCCUGGUGGGGGAGUUGGUCCUAGGGGGUUAGGACAGGUCAGAGCACCACAGCACACCUACACUUCACCCUACACCACACCACCAAGGCCACCUACACGUCCCUACACCCCGCCACCUAGACACCCAGCCCCUACAGCUACACCACCAAGACCACAUGUGUUAUGUCACCACUGCAGUAAACCCGGUCACAUUGCCCGAGAUUGCCCAGUAAGGAAAGGCCAUGGGUCCGGCUUUUGUAGUGUGUUAAGACCUGAAGAGGGAGCUGACGAUGCAUUGUCCAGAGUACAAACAGUCCCUGUAACUGUGAAUGACAUGUCUACACAUGCACUCCUGGACACUGGUAGCACACACACUCUAGUCCAGCCACACCUCAUAGACACAUCAGAGGAUUUGGGGAAAGGGCAGCUGAGAGUGUGUUGUGUUAAUGGAGAUGAACAUGUGUACCCAGUUGCUGACAUUAGACUGGAAGUUCAGGGGCAAGCUUUUUUUGUUGAGAGCAGGCAUUGUGAGUGGGCUACGCUAUCCUGUAGUGUUGGGGCAGGAUGUUGUGAUUUUGCCUGAGCUUGUGCAGUCAGUGCAGCCAGUCAGCAUGGUGGUGACCAGAGCGCAGGCUAAGCAGUCAGCAGAUGAUGAAGCAACAAAGGCUGUCUGUGAUAUGUUGCCAUACAGUCAGACUGACAUUGACCUGGAUAUUGACCUCCCUGCAGUAUAUAAAACGCCUAAGACGCGCAGACAGCGCAGGCUAGCUAAAAUGCAGGGGACAACAGAGAAAUCUGUAAGCCAACUACCAAAGCCGGAUGGUGAUUUGAAAGAUGUGUGGAAGCCACCGAGUAAUUUAAGGGACUUACAGAAAAGUGAUGAGUCGUUGAAAAAUGCUUUCUCUAAGGUUACUGAGAUUGAUGGUGUUAAGACAGGAGAGUCUGCUGAUCUUAAUGGGGAGUUUUAUUUUGUCAAAGAUGACUUGCUGUACCACCAACCAAAAGAUGCCGCUGUUGAGCAGAUUGUUGUCCCAAAAUGUCUCAGAGAUAAGGUGCUGUGUUUGGGGCAUGACAUACC